AUGUGUAACGGAUAUAACAGCUCGGGCUGGUGGGAAGACGAGUGCCACAUCUUCUUUGUUCACAGCGGUGAAGAAAUUUUCCUGUUGGGAGCCCGCAGUCGCAGAGAUUUUAUGUUCAGCAUCGCCUGUUAUUGUGAUGUUGUCACAUGCAGGAAAGUGCAUGGAGGAGCAACAGAGCUCAUCGAGUGGGGCGACACUGAUAAUGAACAGAAGAUUUCUCCCACGGGGGCCAGUCCACGGAUCCUCAACCCCCUGCGUUUGUUUGCCAGGGGCUCCCCCGGGUUUAAGAGCAACAUGAGGGAAAUUACAUAUUUACAGAACAUGGAGGACUUCUGGGACUGGUUAUCUAACCAGACAGAUGUUCAGGGUGCACAAGCCAGAACUAAACGCAGGCCCAUCGUCAAGACUGGCAAGUUCAAAAAGAUGUUCGGGUGGGGGGACUUCCACUCCAACAUCAAGACGGUCAAACUCAACCUGCUAAUCACAGGGAAGAUCGUGGACCACGGGAACGGCACCUUUAGCGUUUACUUUCGCCACAACUCCACAGGCAUGGGGAACGUGUCGGUCAGCCUGGUGCCACCCUCCAAGGUGGUGGAGUUUGAGAUUGCCCAGCAGUCCACGCUGGAGACCAAAGACACCAAAUCAUUCAACUGCCGCAUUGAGUACGAGAAGACGGAUCGCAACAAGAAGACUGCCCUGUGCAGCUUUGACCCGUCCAAAGUGUGCUAUCAGGAGCAUACGCAGAGCCAUGUGUCCUGGCUGUGCUCAAAACCCUUCAAAGUCAUAUGCAUCUAUAUAGCCUUUUACAGUGUAGACUAUAAACUGGUGCAGAAGGUAUGCCCUGACUAUAACUACCAUAGCGACACACCCUACUCCUCCACAGGAUGAUCUAGCUGUUGUUAGUGUGCAUCAACCUUUUGUUUGAUCUUCAAAAAAUUUAAAUGUCAAUCUCUAAGCUCCUUGUCCCGAAAUACCUAAAUACCUGAGAUAUGUUGCAGGAAGUGCAACUUAUAAUGGGACACACUCUGGAGGGAUUUGAUGCAUUGUUACAAAACUUUUGUAAAUACUGCAAAUGAGUAUACAGCUCUAACACUCAAGAUAGUUAGGUGUCCAGGGACUUGGUUUUAGGGGUUGAUUUGGGAGCUAGCUACCAAGCCUGGGUGACUCCUCCCUAUCACAACAGCACAUGUUCUCUGUAAACCACUGGUAUAAUUAGCAUGUUGUCCAGAUGUUUUCUUCAAGGCUAGACCAUAGGCAAGCAGCCUCCCAGUUGGAAGUGCACACUGACUUCUGUGCCAGUGCUGCAUUGAUGCUAACAUUGUAUAACAUUCUCCUCACCUCAACCAGUUAUGGGAUGAAAUAUGAAUCGUGUUAAUUAUUACAAUACUAAGACAUUUGAAUUGUUGUUCAACGGGGCAUAAAAUUAGAUAUUUCACAUUUGAAACAUCUCUAUAAUUUGACUGAUUAGUCAAAAUGAUUUGUUCAUUGCAUUUGAAGUAGACUUAACAUCCAUUUGUACCUGAUAACAGAACACAAGGCAGGACGGUGUCUACUAUUUUAGAUUAGUUUGAUCGAUGGGUAUUUUUUCAAGUAGCUCUGAAUAAUUGAUAUGGCAUUACAAUCUCUUUUAUCUCUUUUAGGGAGUGAAAUAAAGUGAAUUGAUUAUGUGCCCAUGACAAAAUAAAUUGAUCCGACACAUCUAAUCCAAAGGCAAGCAGAAAGUAUAAUCAUAAAUCAUUACACAUACAUAUGUAGGUACUCAUCCAUGUAUAACCUGGCUGCUGCCUUGUGUGCUCCUUAAAAUGUGUUGGUUUUCUGCAGCAAUCAUCAUAAGGCAUGUGUAUGCUAAACUAGUCUGAAAUCCAACAUCUGUGUUUGCAGGAUGCACUUUGAGGCAUCAGCCUGCUGAAGGGGCCCCGCAGUGGAUUAAUGUGUCAGGAGAGGCGGGGGGAAAGUGAUAAUUGCAGGACAGGUGGAUUUAGUGAGUCUGGCAGACAAUUAUCAGCACUUUGUCAUGGUCCUGCCACCAGCCCUGACAUUACCUGUCUUUAAUAGGCUUUAAUUAGCCUGGGAAAUUUCAUUUACCUAAGACCAAGAGUGGAGAAACCAAAAGGGGAAAAAAAAGGGAAAAAUACACAAUCCGUCUGGAAUUAUAAUGAGAAAUGGGACUAAAUUUGAAAAUGUCAAGACAUUUCCCGAUUGUACAGCAGGCUUAAGUUGACUGACUUUUGUGUAAAAGUGGAUAACAUCCAGUCUUGUUGUAAGUGGUGUAAUGUGCUUUGACUUAGCAAUCACUAAAACAGUUUUGAAAGGUUCUGUUGAAAACCAUCAACACAUUAAAUGUCAUAAGUUGUGUUGACUGCGUAUAUCCAGGGUUUUUAGGCUAGGGCGUGUGCCACUAACUUAUCACAUGGCGAUUAUUUCGGUCAGUGUUACGUUAUUUGCUGUAUCUCAUGUCUUUCCCCAUCAGCUGUAAAUGACCCUGUCACAUUAUACACAUCAGGAGAGGUGUAUGAUAAGGAAAUUACUAAAUCCGAAUUGAUCUAUGUUGAUGUUUUAGUUCUACUCUUUUGUGCAAAUGCUGUGUAUUAACAUGUAACUCUAAAACUAAAUGUGUUUACUUAUGGCUUCAGAGUAAACAAUGCCAAUUUAUUCUAAUUUUCCAGAGAAAUAUAUGAAUAAGUAUACUGUUCCUUAUUUUUGGUGUUUGUUAAGCAAUAUCAUGUAGAUGAUAUAGAUGUCAUAUUUAUUGCUUCUUGUUAUAGAUUGCUUUGAUUUCCAUUUUUGUAAUCCUUGCAGAUUGUACCUUUUUUGAUUUCCUGCUUGCUUAAUCUUGUUUAAACAGUUUCCUCUGUAAAAUAGGAAAUAAGAGCACUGCUGUGUGUAUAGUGUAAGUAAAACUGUUCAUUUUGGAAUAUUUGAUUUCAGCUGGGGUUCAUUUUGUUAAAAUGAAAUUGUAAAGAUCAAUUUAGGUUUUU